AUGCAUAAAACACUGACAUCUCAAGAACAAAAUAUUUCAUCUCAUUUUACGCGAUCUCGAGCAGCUGCAUUAAGACUGUUAGAAGCAAAUAUUGUCAAUGAAAUGAAAAAUAGUUUAAAAUCUGUUUCAUCCACAUCAUCGAUAUAUUCUCCUUCUUCAUGCACACAAUCAUCAUCUUCUUUUUCACUACAAGAUUGUCAAACAAAGAAUGUUAUACGUUCAAUUGUUGAUGAAUUGUAUACAAAUAUCAUCACGACAAAUUGUGAAAAUGAUAAUCUACAAACCGAUUCAAAUGAACAGCAAAAACCAAUGAGAGAACAAUCACUAAAACGUGUACGGUUCUUAUUAGAAAACAAUGUCAUCGAAAAAGAUGAAGAAAAUAUUCAACAAUCACCAUAUAUCGUUAGAUCUCAAUUGUUAGAUGAAAAUUUGAUUGAACAACAACAUUGUUCAAUCAACAAAUUAGACAAUGAGAAUAACUAUGAAGACAAAAAGACAUCUACAAAAUCAAACAGUGAUGAAUUACAAAAGUCAUUGGCAACAUUAGUAAGAUUAAAUGAACGUUUACAAACAUUACCAAAAUUAACAAGUAAUAAUAAUUUUAUCGCUGAAAAUAUGAUUGAAAAACUUUAUAAUGUAUUUAAAUCACCAUACACAAUUGAUAAAAUGAAUUCAUUGAAACAAGUACUUCAACAAACACUAUUGUCGAAUGUUCCUCAGAUAACUUCGAAUGACCUUGAUAAUCAAAAAUCAAUAUUACUAUUAGAAGAAAAAAAGAUUGUAAAAGAGAAGCGUAAAUUAUUAAAGUUGAGUGAAUCAUCAGCAAUUAUUUGUUGUACAAUAAAAAGCCGAUCAAAAAUUGAUUGUGCUGUAUCGACAGAAACAUCGAAACAAAUUGAAUGUGCAACACAGACUAUUUAUGGAAAUGAAUUUCGAUCAUGCUCAAAGAAAAAUGUCAAAGCAUUAGUAAAUACAAACUUUGAUAUAAAACUGAGACGAGCUCAAAGUACAAUUAGUCUAUCAACACAAGCCUCAUCUUCGACUGUCACACUAAUUACGUAUAAUACACAAACAAUAAUAAAAUCCGACACACACUUAAUUAUUCAAAAAUCUUAUGAUUCUUAUAAUCCGAUAAUGAAACAGUCCAAUUUAAAAUUAGCAUCUAAAGCUUCAUCAUUAGACUUAUUAUCAACCACCGUUUCAGAAGUUCAACAUUUUGUCUGUCCAUCCUAUGUUCGCUCGUGUAAACUGUUUCAAGAUAUUUAUCAAGAUUACACACAUUUAUUUGAUAAAUUAUAUUUAAAUAAUAAUAAUAAUAAUAAUAAUAAUAACCGUUUACAUCGUGCGCAACAACAAUCUGGUACAUAUCAAAUAAUAAGAACUACAUUGGUGCCAGUGAUAGUAUCAGCUGAAGAUUUGCUAUCGAAAAAAUCAUUAAAAUAUUCUAAUUUUUCAUCGACAAUUUAUUUGAAUAAUAAAAUACGAUAUAUGAAUGAUAAUGAAUUAACUUCAUCGAUAAAUAGAAUAGUUUUACAUCAAAAACAGCAACAUCAGUAUAAUAAUAAUCAAUUUUCAGAUUAUUCGGCUGAUUCAAUGGAUACAAUUGAAAACGAGUUAAAAGAUCAGCGACAUUCCAAUAAUAAUACAUUACACGAUGUAUGGGAUACGAAUUUUAAAUCAUCAUUAUCACAACAAGGGAUGAGAUUUUGUCAAUAUAACACAAAUCAAGCAGAUGAUAGUAGUUACUGGACAACAAUAAGUAAGGGUGUAAAACGAAAACUUAAUGAACAAGAUAAUAUACAUGAUCCAUUAUUUUAUUCAUUUAUCACACAACUAAUGCCACCUACAUUGAGAAAACCAAUUGAAAUUUUGAUUUUACCAAAAAAUUCCGUUCGAUUGAUGAAUAACGAUGGUCUGUUGUAUGUUCAUGAAUUAGUUUUGUUAUUUUUACAAAAUAUGAAUAAAUUUCAACAAACAUUAAUCUGUCGUUAUCAUAUUCAAAUGAAUAUGGCAAAAUCAUUUAAUCAGAUAAUGAAAAGCUGGUGGAGUAGAUAUCAAAUUGAUAUCUGUUCGAUUUUAGAUAUUCUUUGA